CCCUUUUCUUGACCAUGAGCCACAACAGAAUGUCCGAGUUUCGGGCAAACCGGAACAGCAUCAUGAGCCACAUAUCGUCUAUUCUGCCAACAAGACACUCUAACGAUGGCAACGAGGGGCAGACCGAAAUGGAAAAGUACUUUGCUGCUCUUGAUGGACUCGAGAGAGACAUUGCAGGAGUCAACAGCGGUGUUGAUGAUCUGAGUGCCCUGCACGGGAAGCUCCUUUCUUCGUCUGACGGCCACAAGGCUGAAGCCAUUGCCAACCAGCGUGACCGCAGGACAGCGCAAAUCAACAGCCAGAUCACCAAGCUCAAGAAAGAGCUAAAUGCAAUUGACCUCAUGAACGACAGCACCACCCUCGCCCCAGCCGACGAAGCAACCCGGCGCAGUCGGCACGCCCUGCUCGCCCGCCGCCUCAUGGAGGUUGUUGACAAGUACCGCACGCUCGAACGCGAGUCCCAGAAGCGCUACCGGGACCGGAUCGAGCGGCAGAUCCGCCUGGUCAAGCCCGAUGCGACCGAUGAGGAGGUCGAGCAGGCUGUGCACAAUGAGUCGGCAAGAUCCGUGUUUGCUAUGGAUGUGAUGACGUCAUUCCGCAGUCGCCAGGCCAAGCGCAUGCUGAGGGACGUCGAGCAGCGCGAUAAGGACAUUCGCGAGAUUGGUGCCACCAUCGAGCUGCUCAACAGCAUGUUCCUCGAUAUGCAGGAUAUGGUGAAUCAGCAGCAGGAAGUCCUGGAUAACAUCGAGAAUGCUGUCGAGAGCGCCCAGGAGCACACACACAAGGCCAACCAGGAAGUCAAGGAGGCAACGCGCUUGAGGAUCAGCGCCAGGAAGAAGACAUGGGUCAUCUUGGGUCUGAUAUUCCUUGUCAUUGUCGCCAUAGCAUGCGGUGUCGCUAUCCCACUGGCAACGUAA